CCUCCCCCCUUCACUCCCACGGAAGUGUGCAGAACCUAGACUUCAACGGCGUCUUUGAAACGCGACUAGACCCUCCUACAGAGCGGGAGCUGAACAGUUUGACGUACUACGACUUGAUCCAAGAUCUCCCAUGCAUGCAAGGGAGCGCAUCCAAGUUACCAGGAGGCAUCAAGGAUCAGCUGAGCGUGCUAGAGAAGAUGUACGAGCGGACAAGGGUACCCAACAACGUUGUGUCAGGGAAGGAGCUAGUGGUGUACGGCAUGCUCAAGCACCACGUUCAUUCGGACUGGAUCGGAGCGUCAGAGUGCAUCCAGCGUGCCAUUGACAUGGACGAGAACGACCUUGCGGCGUUGAAUGCUUAUGGGUCUCUGAUGCUAGAUGUUGGGAGCUACUACAGGCUGCAAGACAACGCUGCUGAGAGGGAGUACUGUCAGAGAAUAUUCAAGAUGGCACUCAAAUGGCAAGACGGCAAAGUGGUUCAUCCAAACUAUCACAACCACCUUCAGAGGAAUCUCUCCAGACUGGCCAAGAAAGCCCUGCAAGGCUUUCGAUACCUACACAACUUCUGGUUGGAGGUGCACCGCUCUUUGUUAACGGCAGAGCUUGCAAGGGUGGGAGAAGGGAAACAGUAAACAAGGGCAUGUUCACUUG